UUGAACUCAUUGUUUCCUACAAAUUCAAAUCCAAGCCACCCUUCAAAAUGUUCAAACUGUUCAUCUUCGCCUGCUUCCUGGCUCUUGCUGCAGCCAAGCCUGGAGUACUACCAAUCGCAUACACCGCUCCUUUUGCCGCCGCGUACACAGCACCCGUCGCCGCAGCGUACACCGCUCCCGUGGCGUACUCUGCUUACUCAGCGUAUUCAGCUCCAUUGGCUUACUCGCCAUACACUUACGCGUCUCCUUACUCCGCGUACUACCUCCGCCGUUGA